CACACGCAUUACCAAACAGAGAGAUACCAAAAAGAGCAGAAACAGCAGCUUCUCCGCUCUACUUCCUUUCUCAUCUCUCUCUCUCUCUCUUCAUACAUAGAACUUCCAAACCUUUCCUCCACUGAAGUUAGAAAUUAGAAUCAGGUGAGAUUGAGAUUGAGAUUGAGAUUAUGCCGUUUAAAGGUUUGAGAACGGUCCUCUUUACAUCUCAAACCAAGGACUCUUCAAUUACUUCUUCUUCUUCCUCCGUUUCAACCUACAGCCCUUCUCCAAUGACCAGAAACAGACUUUCUACUCCCCUUCACACCUUCUCGGAAGCCAUGAUAGAAGAGAACAUAGAACAAGCCAAUUCCAUCAUCACCAAAUGGGAUCCCAACUCCUCCACCUUCGCUAAAGUCACCUCUCUCUUCCAUGAGAGCAGAUCCGAAGCCCAGGAAUUCCUCAAAUCCGUCAAGAAAUUGCAGCAAGCCAUGCAUUUCUUUGCCUCUCACAAUUCCUCUUCCCAAAAGCUCGUCCAAGCCCAGAAACUAAUGCAGGUGGCCAUGAAGCGUCUUGAGAAGGAGUUUUACCAGAUUCUCUCCUCCAAUCGAGACCACCUCGACCCCGAAUCCGUCUCCACUAGAUCCAGUGUCUCGGAAUAUGAAGACGAAGCCGGCCCCGAGGACGAGAUUCAGCUCGCCGGAGAAUCCAUCUCCGAGGUCGAGAAGUUCUCCACCCUCGCCAUGUCCGACCUCAGCUCCAUUGCCGAGUGCAUGAUCUCGUCUGGCUACGGCAAAGAGUGCGUCAAGAUCUACAAGAUCAUGAGAAAGUCCAUCGUCGAUGAGGCUCUCUAUAAGCUUGGAGUCCAGAGUCUCACUUCUGCGCAGAUCCUUAAGAUGGACUGGGAGGUCCUGGAGAUCAAGAUCAAGAGCUGGCUUAACGCCGUCAAGAUUGCAGUGAAAUCGCUCUUCCACGGCGAAAGAAUCGUCUGUGAUCACGUCUUCUCUACCUUCGAUUUCAUCCGGGAGUCAUGUUUCUCGGAUAUCACCAAAGAAGGAGCCAUCCUCCUCUUCCGGUUCCCCGAAUCCGUGGCUAAGUGCCAAAAGUCACCGGAGAAGAUGUUCAGAAUGCUCGACCUCUAUAAUGCCAUCUCUGAACUCUGGUCAGACAUCGAUUCCUUCUUCUCAUUCGACUCCACCUCUGUCGUCCGUUCUCAAGCUCUGAAUUCACUGACCAGACUAGGCGACACGAUUAGAGCUAUGCUAUCGGACUUCGAAUCUGCCAUUCAGAAAGAUCCAUCGAAAACCCCUAUCCCCGGAGGUGGUCUUCAUCCUCUCACUCGAUACGUGAUGAAUUACCUGUCUUUCUUCACCGAUUAUAGCGUUAUCCUCUCCGAUAUAUUCGCCAAUUGCCCAUUGCCGGAAAACACAUCUCUGCCAGAGUCUUACUUCGAAAGCCCUAACCCUAACGACAACCCAUUGUCGGCUUUAGCCGUUUGGAUGGCUUGGAUCAUAUUGGUGGUUCUCUGCAAGCUCGACGGCAAGGCGAAGCUAUACAAAGACUCCACCUUGGCGUAUCUCUUCCUCGCCAAUAAUCUGGUGUACGUGGUGCAGAAGGUCCAAACCUCGAAUCUGAGGUUUCUGUUGGGAGAGGAUUGGGUAUCGAAGCACAAAGCGACGGUGAAACAGUACACGGCCAGCUACGAGCGGAUGGGAUGGAGGAAAGUGCUAUUGGCCAUACCGGAUGAUCGGACGGCCACAAUGAUGAGUGUAAUGAAAGCAAAUGAAUGCUUCAAAAACUUCAAUUUGGAGUUCGAGCAGACGUACAGAAGUCAGUCGUCGUGGAUCGUGACGGACAGCAAGCUCAGGGAAGAAAUUAAGGUGUCCAUCGCCAAGAAACUCGUGCCGGCGUACCGGGAUUUCUAUGGCAAGUAUCGGGACUGCCUGGGAAUUAAAGAGAAUGUUAUGGAGUCAGCUGUCAAGUUUGCGCCUGAUGAUCUGGUGAAUUACUUAUCGGAUCUGUUCUACGGUACAGUAGCUUCAGGGAGUGGUUCAUCGUCGUCUUCUUCUCCGGCGCAAUCACGAGGGAAGCACUCCAAACGGUGAGACACGGAGAGACUGUCUGUGAAGGAUCAUCGUGAACAGUGGCUGAAAUUUCCGGUGGUUAGCGCAUCUGAUGAUGACCUCACCUCAGUUAGGCAAUUCUCCAGAAAAACCGGGCUUGAAUCGGAUAGAGAGGCUCAUAUGGUGGCCAAGUGGGCCAGGGAUAAUGGACUACUGGAAGUUCCCAUUACCAGAUCAAUAUUGCAUGGGCUUAAUUUUCCCUUAAAUAAAUAAAUAAAUAAACACUGAGAAGAGCUUAUGUAGAAUUUAUUCCUGAAAAAAAUCCAUGUCUAUAUUUUUUUUCUUCAAA